AUGAAGAAUUCCACUGAGAAGGUGCACUAUGAGGAAAAGAAAUACACAACAGAAGGGGAAAGUGUUUUUUUGUUUGUUUUACUCCAUGUCUGCAGGAUUUGGGACUCUCCACUUCUCCUGGCUGCUAAGGAGAACAAUGGCCAGGCCAUCAGGAAAUUGACCAUGGAUGGCUCUUGCGAUCUGUAUCAAAGAGGAGCUGUCGGGGAGACGGCGCUCCACAUAGCUGCCCUCUAUAAUAGCACUGAGGCUGCUGAAGUCCUUCUGGAGGUGGCUCCAGAACUCAUCAAUGAGAAGAUGACAUCUGAACUCUAUGAAGGACAAACCGCUCUCCACAUUGCAGCCGUCAAUCAAAAUGUGAAACUGGUGAGAUGCCUGCUCAAGAAAGGGGCCCACAUCUCCACUCCCCGAGCUACAGGCCUCUUUUUCAGGCGCACCCCGCAAAGCCUCUUCUACUUCGGGGAACAUAUUUUAUGCUUUGCAGCCUGCUCAGGAAAUGAGGAAAUUGUUCGUCUAUUGAUGGAAAACGGCGCUGAUAUCAGGUCACAGGACUCUCUAGGUAACACCAUCCUCCACAUCCUGGUCCUUCAACCCAACAGGACAUUUGCAUGGCAGAUGUACAACCUGGUCCUCUCCUAUGACAAACAAGAGGGGAGCCUUGAACCUCUGGACUCUAUUCUGAACAAUGAGGGCCUCACGCCUUUCAAGCUGGCUGGAGUCGAAGGCAACACUGUGUUGUUCCAGAACCUACUGCAGAAACGAAAGCAGGUGCUGUGGUCCUUUGGACCCAUUACCACCAUUCUCUAUGACCUCACAGAAAUUGACUCCUGGGGUGAAGAUCAACCUUUUCUGGAGCUUGUUGUCUCCACCAAGAGAAGAGAGGCUCGUCAUAUCCUAGACAUCACCCCGGUGAAGGAGCUAGUAAGCCUGAAGUGGAACACAUGUGGACGUCCUUACUUCUGCUUCCUGGCUUUAUUUUAUCUCCUCUACAUGAUUUCCUUUACCAUGUGCUGCGCUUAUCGACCUCUAAAAGAUUACCUGGGAAACUCUUCUUCUGACCGGGACAUCACUAUCCGCACCCAGAAAACAUUGCAGGAAUCGUAUCUAACAUAUGAGGAUCAUCUCAGACUGGUGGGAGAGUUGAUUACAGUGACAGGAGCCAUAGUGAUCUUGCUCUUGGAGAUUCCAGAUAUUCUAAGAGUUGGAGCCACCAAGUACUUUGGGCAAACCAUCCUGGGAGGACCUUUCCACAUCAUCAUCAUCACAUAUGCCUGUUUGAUCCUGGUGACCAUGGUGAUGCGUCUCACGAGCACCAACGGAGAGGUGGUCCCCAUGUCUUGUGCCCUGGUGCUGGGCUGGUGCAACCUCAUGUAUUUUGCUCGAGGGUUUCAGAUGCUGGGGCCCUUCACCAUCAUGAUACAGAAGAUGAUAUUUGGAGAUCUUACUCGCUUCUGUGGGCUGAUGGCUGUUGUGAUACUUGGCUUUGCUUCAGCCUUUUAUAUCAUCUUCCAGACAGAGGAUCCCAGCAGUAUGGGAGAGUUCAGCACCUACCCACUCUCUCUGUUCACCACCUUUGAGCUGUUCCUUACCAUCAUUGACGGACCCACCAACUACGAUGUGGACCUGCCAUUCAUGUACAGUGUGGUGUACUUUGCAUUUGCCAUCAUUGCCGCUUUGCUCAUGCUCAACCUGCUCAUCGCCAUGAUGGGCGACACUCACUGGCGUGUGGCCAGUGAACGGGACAAGCUUUGGCAGGCUCAGGUUGUUGCCACGACGAUCAUGCUGGAGCGGAAGCUUCCACGAUGGCUCUGGCCUCGCUCUGGCAUCUGCGGGCGAGAGUACGGGCUCGGGGACAAGUGGUACCUGAGGGUGGAAGAGAGUCUGGAAUCAAACAAGCUCAAGGCGCUUCGCUAUACAGAGGCCUUUAAGAACCAGAACAAGCAGGAUUCUGGCAGGUCUUCCAAAGAACUAGAGCCGGGUGAGGAUUUCCUAUUCAAGAAGGAAUCCUCUCCCUCUGUCUCCAGGAGCACAUCCCAGAGCAGUUUCCACCGUGGCUGGCAAAUCCUGCGGCACAACACCUUCAGCCACUGCCGUGGGGAAGUUAACCCUGCCUUGGAAGAAGAGGUCUACCACAUCUGA